ACAGAUCAGUCAGCGCCUCUCGUCUGUUCGAGUGCUCAGCCCGCCCCGGUCUCACCGAGGAUUCCGUUGAGCCAUGGAGAUGGAGGAAGACAACCAACUUGACAGCGGAGACUCCAACGGGGCGAUGGAUGCAUCACAGGAUAUCGACGACAGUGGCAAACGCCCUGCGGAGGACUCCGGAGAGGAACAGUCGACCAAGCGGUCGCGCAACAACGACGACUCCCGCGUCGAACUGCGUGUGCUCAUGCAGAGCAGGAACGCCGGAGCUGUGAUCGGUAAGGGAGGGAAACACAUCAAGGCUCUGCGUGCCGACUACAAUGCCACCAUUACAGUUCCUGACAGCAGUGGUCCCGAGCGGUAUGUUGUUAUGUUGCACGCGUGUCCUGCCUGUCUGUCUGUCUGUCUGCGUGCGUGUGUGUGUGUCUAUCGACUUGCGCGCGUGUGUGUCUCUCUACACGUGUGUGGGGGGGCGGUAGCGUUGGAUCGGCGGUUACGAAUAGAGGCCGGUCGAAACUUGAGUUGGCUGUUGCGGUGGUGGUGGUGACGGUGGUGAUGUGGUGAACGUCGCCAGCUGCUUGGGGUAGAGAGACAAAGGCGGCCGGGCGUGGUGCUGGCCACCCACCCCCUCGUGUGCCACUGUGCCGGUAGCCUUCAUAGGUGCUACUCGCUAACAGCACUUGCCCCUACAGCCCUGCUAGAGGCUACCUGGGGCAGCU